AUGAAUGACGAACGAGUAGCCUACUCAGAACUGAGUCUGGCCAAGGACCCAAAGAAGCAGCAAAGGACACCUAAGAGCACAAAAAGCUCCAUUUCGGUCACUGAACAGGAAAUAAUCUAUGUGGAAUUAAACCUUCCAAACGCUUCUCAGGAUCUUCAAGGAAAUGACCAGCGCUCUCCCUGCAAAGAUUCACUGUCACCUCCAGGGAAGCUCACUGCUGAGAUCUUGGGAUACAUUUCUCUUGUCUUAAUCACUGUGUUAAAAUUGAUGGUUCUUAUUUACUUGACCGUGAUACUGGAACAGAAUAAUUCUUCUCUGAAAACAAGAAGCCAGAAAGAAAUUCAUAAUCUUUCUUCAGUGUAUCAUUGUGGUCACUGUGAAAAGGAGUGGUUCACAUAUUCCAGCAGUUGUUAUUUCAUCAGUAUGGAAAGAAAGACUUGGAAUGAGAGUUUGAUUGCCUGUGCUUCUAAGAAUUCUAGUCUUCUUUACAUUGAUGAUGAAGAAGAAAUGAAAGUUCUGAUGUCCCUAUCAUUUGUAUCAUGGGUUGGAGUCUUUCGUAACAGCAGUGAUCGUCCAUGGGUGUCAAUAAAUGGCUCAACUUUCAAACUAAAGUUAACAGAAUCAGGCAAUCAUAAACAUAAUUGUGUUGUGCUACUCUCAGGAUAUCUAAAAUCAGACAGUUGUGGAUCUUCACAAAUGUAUUAUUGUAAGCAUAAGCUUUAGAAUUGAACCACCUGAGUCUGGAGUCUGUUAGGUAAUUUUAUAUUGAAUGAAAUGGAAACCAUAUUAUAAUUGGAUGUCUUAAAAUAAUUUGUGUUAUUCUAAUAACAAAAACAUUUCCAAAACCAAUCAUUGAAGUA